GCAAAUCUCCCUGAGAGCGGAACCUUCCUCAGCUCCAACUCAGCCUCCACUGUUAUUAAAAAUAAAAUUCGCUAGAGCAGCCCAGUCGCCACAUCUACUUUGAUAGCUGACUAUUUGGAAUUUUGAAGGAUAAUUUGAUUUUUUUUUUUUUUUUUCUAACCUCCAAUGCGACUGUAAGUUCCAGCAUUCUAAAUCCACCCACCAAGGACUCUGACCCUGUCCACUCCAGGCGAAUCGAGACCGUCCGGCUGGGUCCCCCCAAUUUGGGCCGACUUCUCGCCUCCAAACAACCUUAGCAUGAUGUCUUAUCUAAAGCAACCGCCUUACGCUGUCAAUGGGCUGAGUCUGAGCACUUCGGGUAUGGACUUGCUGCAUCCCUCCGUGGGCUACCCGGGGCCCUGGGCUUCUUGUCCUGCAGCCACUCCCCGGAAACAGCGGCGGGAGAGGACUACAUUCACCAGGGCACAACUCGAUGUUUUGGAAGCUCUCUUUGCCAAGACCCGGUACCCAGACAUCUUCAUGCGAGAGGAGGUGGCGCUGAAAAUCAACUUGCCGGAGUCCAGGGUGCAGGUAUGGUUUAAGAAUCGAAGAGCUAAGUGCCGCCAACAACAGCAGCAGCAACAAAAUGGAGGUCAAAACAAAGUGAGGCCUGCCAAAAAGAAGACCUCCCCAGCUCGGGAAGUGAGUUCAGAGAGUGGAACAAGUGGCCAGUUCACUCCCCCCUCUAGUACCUCAGUCCCAACCAUUGCCAGCAGCAGUGCUCCUGUGUCUAUCUGGAGCCCUGCUUCCAUCUCCCCACUGUCAGACCCCUUGUCCACCUCCUCCUCCUGCAUGCAGAGGUCUUAUCCCAUGACCUACACCCAGGCUUCAGGUUAUAGUCAAGGAUAUGCUGGCUCAACUUCCUACUUUGGGGGCAUGGACUGUGGAUCUUAUUUGACCCCUAUGCAUCACCAGCUUCCUGGACCAGGGGCCACACUCAGUCCCAUGGGUACCAAUGCAGUUACCAGCCAUCUCAAUCAGUCCCCAGCUUCUCUUUCCACCCAGGGAUAUGGAGCUUCAAGCUUGGGUUUUAACUCAACCACUGAUUGCUUGGAUUAUAAGGACCAAACUGCCUCUUGGAAGCUUAACUUCAAUGCUGACUGCUUGGAUUAUAAAGAUCAGACAUCCUCGUGGAAAUUCCAGGUUUUGUGAAGACCUGUAGAACCUAUUUUUUGUGGGUGAUUUUUAAAUAUGCUGGGCUGGACAUUCCAGUUUUAGCCAGGCAUUGGUUAAAAAAGUUAGAUGGGAUGAUGCUCUCAGACUCCUGAUCAAAGUUCCCGUGAGGCAUAGAAGGAACCCUGAAGGGCCUUAGAGGGGCCUAUCAACCAGCACCCUGAAAUGGACAAAACAAUCUAUUUAAGAUUCUGUCAUAGCUCUAGAUCAUGGGUUUUCUGAUUUGCUGAUGAUUGAAUAUAUUCUAGCCACAUGCAACCAAACAUCACUCAAAAUAAAAAUCAAACAACACUUCAGUUGUGAGGGAAGGGAGUGGAAGGCCAUGGCCUUCAAAGCAGAGGUAAUCCGGUGUGUUAGCCAAUCCUUGGUUGAAUCUUAGGAAUGGACAGCGUCCCCAGCUCAUUCACGGUUCAUGACCAACGGGGAGUUGGCACUAAAAACCUUUUCAGGGCUGUGUGAAUUGUGCGACUGAUUGUCCUAGAUGCACUACUUUAUUUAAAAAAAAAAUAAUAAUGUUCAUAAGGAGUCAAUAUGUAGUUUAAGAGACAAUCAGUGUGUGUCUUAUAUAAAUGGUACAUCCGUGGUUUUUAAUCUGUGCUAGACUUCAAAACUGUGAUCUCCUGUUAUUGUAUGCAACCUUGAACUCCACCUCUGCAGAGGUUCUUCUGUGAUUAAAUAGAUUAUAAUUAUAAGCAAAAUUCAGAGUGACUGAAUACUGAUCUAGAAAGAUUACCUUUGGCUGAGGUGAGCUGCCUUGUGUUCUCUGGGCAAGGAUCGAGAAGAAGCAAAAAGACCCUAAUUCAUCUGUGAUUUAACGUGGGUAAUUUAACAUUGGUAAGCCUGGUGGGAAAAGGACGCUGGUCACUUGCGCUGACCCUGGUGAAUCCUAAACAGAUUGUUGUCAUUUAUGCUUGCAGAUGUUAACUGGAAGUUAUAUAUGCAUAAACCCUUUCUUCCUGGAUUUGGCAGAUAUGUAUAAUUAUAUUAAAAUGGUUCUAGCACAACAUUGGGUCUAGUUUAAUUUUAUACCAUUCCUUAUGAGUGAGAAGGCCCCAUUCGGCCUCAGC